AUGGACGUUCUUCAGCAGAAAUUCGGAAGAAAGCCACUUCAAUUCCAGCCAGAAGAAUUGAAUGCAGAACACAUAAGUGACGAAGAGUACCAAGUCUUAAACAAAGAAGGCGGAGAAUCCAUCAAUGAGGCAAAAUUGCUGGAAAAAUUAGACUUUCUUGUAGGGACUUAUUACCAGAGUUCGCUUGGGAAAGAUCCAGGGGAUCUUUCCUUAGAAAAGAAGCUGAAAAAAAUUAAAUGGGUCGAUCAUUUGGCAAUAAAAGACCAAGAAAUUGACCUUUCCAUGGAUGACUUGCAAAAUGACUUCAAAAGAGAAUUAGUCUUUUAUAACACUGCUUUAGAAAAUGCUAAAACAGGCAUUAAACAACUUGGCGAAUUGAAUAUUCCUAUCUGGAGACCUUCAGAUUUUAGAGCUGAAAUGUUCAAGACUGAUGAGCAUAUGAAAAAAGUCCAAAAUAAUCUUAUCCAGGCCAAAAAGAGAAUUGAAAUUGUUGAAAAAAGAAAAGAAGCUGUACACAAAAAGAAAUUUUCCAAUAAUGCCCACAAAAAGCAUGUAGAAGCAAAACAAAGGCAAGCUAUUGAGAACUCAAAAAAGAAGAAAAAGAUGCGGCCUGGAAAGAACAGAAGACAGAAGCAAAGGAAUAACAAAAAAUAA